GUAACUGCAUAAAACAGCGGUGAGAGAGGGAAGCUAAUUUGGGUCCAUGGCCGAUCUUUAGACAGAGAAGAAGAAAUAGCAGGAAAAAAGAUUCAAACUUUGUUGGAGUUUUUAAUUCUCGGGCUUCAUAUAUUGCUAAUUUUGUGAUUUGGAGAACUGGGUUUGCAUCUAUAUAGGAAAAUUUUAAAUUGUUGUGGAAAUUUUUGUGAUGAAAGGAACUUUAACGUUUCACUAGAAUUGGAAUCUCUUUUGGUUCAAAUUGUGGACAAGUUUUAUAAGCAAGAGACCCAAGUUUAUAUUUUUGUUUUGGUUUGGAAAUUUUGAAGGGUUUGGGUGGCUUCAAAUAGGGGUUUGAGGAUUUUAGAGGAAUAAUAGAUUUUAACGAUAGUGAUGUUAGAUUGAACAAUGUCAAUGAAUAACAAUAGUCAGGCCAAGGGUGUGGUGGUACCUCCUCAUUUUGGAAAUUCAGGGAUGGUGCCUCAGUCUAUCGCUGUGAAUCAGCAGCCCCAUCUUCUGUCUCAGGCACAACAUCAAACACAAGGUGGGUCUCAUUUUCCGGGUCAUUUUCAGCUGUCUGAGCCUCAAGCCCAAGGACUUGUUCAGACUCAAUAUGUGAAUGUUCAAGCACAGGCUCAGGCUCAGGCUCAGGGACAGGGUCAGGGUCAGGGUCAGGGUCAGGGUCAUGCACAAGCACAAGUUCACGCUCUCGGUCAAGCUAAGCAAGCCCGAAUUCGAGCCGACUUGGAAGCUCAAGCUCAGGCCCUUGCCCAGUUGCACAAUUCCAUGAAUAAUAAUGCUGGUGUACCGUCGCCUUCUGUGGCAACGCCAGGUACUGGAAGUGCCAAGCGAGCUAAUCAAAAGCCACCUUCAAGACCCACAAAUUCAUCCAAUGCUAAUACAAGUUCUCCAUUUAAAACCAUGGAGCUGACCCCAGCUGCUCGUCGAAAAAAGCGAAAGCUACCUGAUAAACAAAUACCGGAUAAGGUAGCAGACCUUGUGCCCGAGUCUGCCCUUUAUACUCAGUUGCUUGAAUUCGAGGCUCGUGUGGAUGCUGCUUUGGCGAGGAAGAAAAUGGACAUUCAGGAGUCGUUCAAAAUAUCCCCACGUUUUCAGAAAACACUCAGAAUAUACGUAUUCAACACUUAUGCAAAUCAGACGCAGACUAUACCUGAGAACAAGAAUGCAGAACCUCCUUCUUGGUCACUUAAGAUAGUUGGGAGGCUAUUGGAAGAUGGAAAAGAUCCUGUAGUUGCUGGUAUGAACCCCAAGUUGAGUCCAAAAUUUUCUUCUUUUUUUAAGAAAAUAACUAUAUACUUGGACCAGAACCUUUAUCCAGAUAAUCAUGUAAUUUUGUGGGAAAGUGCUCGUUCGUCUGCUCUUCACGAGGGCUUUGAAGUGAAGCGAAAAGGGGAUAAAGAGUUCUCUGCAUUAAUUAGGCUAGAAAUGAAUUAUGCGCCAGAAAAAUAUAAACUUUCCCCAGCUCUGAAGGAAGUUCUUGGAAUUGAGGCAGAUAGCCGUAUAAGAAUCAUAGCUGCAAUUUGGCACUAUGUUAAAGCUAGAAAAUUACAGAACCCCAGUGACCCUACUUCUUUCAUGUGUGAUCCGCCUCUUCAAAAAGUGUUUGGGGAGGAGAAGAUGAAGUUUACAUCAGUUUCACAAAAGUUAGCACAACAUUUAACUCCACCACAACCCAUUCAUCUGGAACAUAAAGUUAAGCUUUCAGGAAAUUGUCCAGUUGGAACUACCUGCUAUGAUGUACUGGUUGAUGUGCCUCUUUCUCUGGAUAAGGAAAUGUCAACAUUUUUGGCAAGUACUGAGAAUAGCAAGGAAAUCCAUGCUUAUGAUGAACUGAUUUCUGCGUCUAUCAAGAAGAUUCAUGAACAUCGGAGGCGGCGAGCUUUCUUUCUUGGUUUCAGUCAGUCUCCAGCAGAGUUUGUUAACACUCUAAUUGCUUCUCAGAGCAAAGAUUUAAAGCUCGUUGCUGGAGAUGCCAGCCGAAACGCAGAAAAGGAGCAGCGUUCUGACUUUUAUAAUCAACCCUGGGUCGAUGAUGCUGUUAUUCGUUACUUGAACCGCAAAUCUGCUGGCAUUGAUGCUCCUGGAGGCACUUGAAAUAGGAUUGUUGAAUUCUCAGCAACUGAUCAUAAACUUGUAGGAUAGGAUUAUACUGAUGGUUAACAUCUUUAUUUAUUUAUUUAUUUUUUCUGUCUAUGUUCCUGAAUAUUUGAAUACUCAAUAGCUUUUUGUAGUAAAAAUUUGAAGUCCCAUCUCCUUGAUUGAACAUGUAGUAGCUGGCAAGGAGGAACAUGUAGUAGCUGGCAAGGAGGAAGAAAGUAAAAUUUGAUUAGCUGACCGACGUGACUGUAGGUUUUGCUGUAAUUGGAUGCAAUUGUAUUUGAUCGUAAUAAGAAGAGAACCUUCUAAACAA